AUGUACGUGCGGACGCCGCCCAGGCUCAUCAGCUCUGCACGCUGGGUGGUCAGCUUGGACAUCAUCUUGACCAUCGCGGUCUGGUUCUGGGCGGAGGGAUGGAAUGGGGCCGAUUUUUGGGAACACCAGGUGACGGACUACCAGUUCGAUUCCUCCGCCAUCGAGGUGGUGGUUCUGGGCCUGGUGCGGUGGCUGGUGCUCGUGGUGGUUCUCCUCCGCUCCAGGGCGUGCCUCGUCAGGGUUAAGCACGACGGCUCCAUCAAGCCCUCCCCAGACGCUAUCAUCGCGGUGACCGUGUGCGCUGUCUCCGCCGGCUACUGCGUUUUCAAGAUCGGUUUUUCUGCCGCGUCGGAGGACGGUAGCACCGGGGGUUGGGCCGUCCCUUCCGUGACUGCGGCGAUGGCGUCUCUGCAGGUGGUCUCCCUCGUCAGGCUGCGAAAGUCUGUUCGGGCCAUCACUGCAAGAUCUUUCUACGAGAAGCUACGGGCUGGCCAAGAAGAUGAGCUCGACGGCGCGGAGCUGGCGGAAGAGAUCGAGGAGGACAACGGGCCCAAGGCACUGACCAUCAUGCAGCUCGCCAGGGUUCUCAAGCCCUACUUCUGGCCCAAGGGCGGGACGCCGAACGCGCUCAUGAACCGGACGCGCAGCUCGAUGACGUGGGUCUUCGUCAUCGUCUCCAAGGUUUGCAGCGUGACGAGCCCGUUCUUCCUGAGUAACGCUACGAACUCUCUCUACCACGGCGACCUCGGCGAGACCAUGAAGUACGUCGGUCUCUACGCCAUCCUGGCGUUUUCCGCCAAGGCUCUCAAGGAGGCUCAGAGCCUCGUCUACCUCAAGGUGAAGCAGCAGGCCUACAUCGAGAUCGCGGAGCAGUCGUUCGCCCACCUCCACACCCUAUCCUUGCAGUGGCACCUCAAGAAGAAGAUGGGUAACGUGGUGAGGUCGAUGGACAGGGGCACAGACGCGGCUAACAACCUGAUCACCUACCUCUUCCUGUACCUCGUCCCGGCCAUCGCGGAGUGCAUAGCCACGGUGAUCGUGUUCUACGUGAACUUCGACGACUGGAGGCUGGCCACGAUGGCCUUCGUGUCCCUCAGCCUGUACGGCUACGUGACCGUGAGGGUGACGCUGUGGAGGAAGAAGUUCCGCCAGGCCACCAACAAGCACGACAACGACUACCACGACAAGGCGACGGACAGCAUCAUAAACUACGAGACCGUGAAGUAUUUCACGAACGAGAACUUCGAGGUGGCCCGCGUCAAGGAGAGCGUGAAGGAGUACCAGCGCUUCAGCGUCAGCACGCAGGCCUCGCUCUCCAUCCUCAACGUCUCCCAGCAGCUCAUCAUGUACUCGACCCUCACGCUAGGGUUGUACUUCUCGGCCCAAACGGUGGUAGACGGCGACUCUACGGUGGGAGAGUUCGUGUCCGUGAACACUUACAUGAUGAACCUUUUCACGCCGCUCUACUUCCUCGGCACCGUCUACAACAUCAUCAUUCAGGCGUUUGUGGACAUUCGCAACCUGUCGGAGCUGUUGAACGAGUCUCCGGACAUUGUCGACGCUCCCGAUGCCAUCGAUCUGCCGAGGACGCCUAAGAAUGUCGGCAUGAGCCUGGAGUUCAGGGACGUCUGGUUCUGGUACCCUAGCCAGCCUAGCCACAGGGGGCUCCGCGGUAUCUCCUUUUUCGUGGAGCCGGGCACCACGACGGCCCUGGUGGGACACACCGGGGCGGGCAAGACGACCAUCAGCCGCUUGCUGUUCCGGUUCUACGACCCCGUCAAGGGGAUGAUCCUGAUGAAUGGCCACGACAUCAAGGCGGCGACCCAGCAGAGCGUUCGCCGUGCGAUCGGAGUGGUCCCCCAGGACACGGUCAUGUUCAACGACACGGUGCUGCACAACGUCCGCUACGGGCGGAUGGACGCCACGAUGCCGGAGGUCGAGGAAGCUGCGGAGUCGGCCCAGAUCAAGCGUUUCAUCGAGCAGCAGCCCGAAGGCUGGUCGUCCAAGGUGGGGGAACGUGGGCUCAAGCUCUCGGGAGGAGAGAAGCAGAGGGUCGCCAUCGCGAGGUGUCUGCUAAAGGACCCUCCCAUCGUGCUUCUAGACGAGGCAACGAGUGCUCUAGACAGCCGCACGGAGCAAGGAGUGCAAGAGGCACUCAACGGUCUCAAGACGAACAGGACGACGGUCGUCAUCGCGCACCGGCUGUCGACCGUCCGUAACGCCGAGCAGAUCCUCGUGCUCCACGAGGGGCAGAUUGUCGAGCGUGGUGACCACGACUCGCUGAUGGAGCUGGGGGGCGAGUACGCGGCGAUGUGGAACAUUCAGGUCCAGGAGAGGGAGAAGAUGCUCGAAAUGGAAGCGGAGCGAAUCGCGGCCAUGGAGUCCGACGCGGCAGAGAUGACGGGAGCGAUCGCUGACGCCCUCCCAACACACGCCGAUACUGCGGUUGCUCCCAACGGCGCCGGCACCGAGGAGCAGAAGGAGUACCGGGAGCCCGCAGCACCGCCCGCAGAAGCGGCUGAUGCCGGGCCCCCUGCUGAUGAUGCCGUAGCUGACGCUGGCGCCGGUGGCGAUGAUGAAUCUGGCGCGGUGGCGGCGGCGGGUAACGGGCACCAGAAAGAGCCGCAGCCGCAGCAGCAACAGCAGGAGGAAGAGGACGGGGGAGCAGACUUGACCGCAGCGGGCAAGAAGAAGAAGAAGAAGAGGAAGCCUUGA